GUUCUCCACCUCCGAGUGAUUUGAUUACGAUGUCGGUAGAUGUACUUCAAUCUCCAUUCCAGAUCGAGAAGCACGGAUGGCUGGCUCGGGAGGAGCAGCAAAAUCAUGCUCCGGUGGAGAUGAUCGCCGUGGAAGAUAACAAGCUGAGACCCAAUAAUCAAUUAGGCAUAUGGAGUCGCAUUCAGGCUGAGAAGGUAACCGAGCCGCCGCCAGCGGCGCCUUACCUUCAUCCUCUAGUUCGACGUCGCUCCUUGAGCUCGAUGAGCCUCCAGAUUUGCACGGAGAGACUCGGGUCGGAGACCGGCUCCGACGACUUCACCCUACUCCAUGACGCCGUUGAAACAGAGCAUGCGGAAAAGCAGAGCGUUGAAUUCGUGCACGAGGAGAGCAUCGUGGUUGUCGACAGAGCAGAGGAGCGCUAUCGCGAAGCGAAGGGGACGAUGCUGGUGAACUACCAUUGCUCCAUCGGCAGGAGGACGUCGGCUCGGUGUUUUCCGCCGCCGCUUCGGUCCAUCGCUCUCAGCGACGGGCGGCCCUGCCUCAAAAUGCGGCCCCACCGCCGCGACGGUCGCCUGGUGAUAGAGGCUGUGCCGUCGCCGUCGAGGAAGUACCUCCACGCCCAGCGCGAGUACGGGCGCCUAAUCUUAUGCUUCGUGGAGCCUGCGUCCGACGCUAUGGCAUUUCAGCAAGCAGAAGAGAGACGUCAGUUCGAGGAAGACAUUAUGGAAGAAAACGAAGCAGAUGAGAAGGAGCUUGAGGAGGGAGCGGAGGCGAUAGUGAGCAGCCAGCCCCGGCAACAGGGCGGCGGCCAGGCGAGCUGCGGCGAAAGCGUUACAACAGCUGCGACUGGAGCGACAACUGUGAUGGCGACGCUAGGACUCGGAGGGAAGGCAGAGCAGAGCAACGAAUUGUCGUUGACAUCGAAGCGGCGCGAUCGGGAGGAGAUGCUGCGGAGGUGCAGCGAGCUGAGGGGGACAGCUUGGUUCAUUUGUGAUCCCUGCAUUGCAACUUCCUAUUAAUCCACCGCAUUUCUUUGUAUUCCUAUCUAAUUACCUCUCGAAUUAUCGAGACCAUAUACCAUGUUUUAUUCUGCUUUGCCUACCAAUUAUUGUGUAUUUGUGUCGUCGUUGAUUAUAAACACUCAUGAAUCAUAUAGAUGACUGUGCCCUUUCACGUUUGGCAUAAUUAUGUUUAUGAACAUAAAUACCUGUUUGUUUAGCGA